UCUUUCAUUUCCUUCAUUCAGCAGAAAAAAAUCAGCUCAAAAUAACAUUUGCUCCUAAAGCCUCACUCUAACAAAAUAACUUCCAUUCAAAAUUUCAAAUCUACUUCAUAUUACUAUGCAAUACAAUUCAAACAAUUUCUUAAAUUUCUUCAGUUUCCAACUCAGCUUUCAAGCAAGAAACUAUUGGUUCUAGAAAAAGAGUGAACUUUCAGAGUAGAAGUAUUGCUCUCCAACAGCACAAACAUACUGAAUCAUUUAUUAAGGCGAUAAACAAUACAAAAUGGAGAAUGAAUGUAACUGGGAGCACAACACACUCAUUAAUGAGCUAAUUCAAGGAAUGGAUGUAGCAAAGAGAUUGAAGGAAGAGUUGAGGACACCGUAUUCUCUUGACACAAGGGAUUUGCAGGUGCAGAUGAUAUUAUCUUCUUACGAAAAGGCUCUACGAAUUCUAAGAUGUAAUGAAUCGACUUCUAAGUCGCAGACUAUAACUCCAUUAACAACUUCGUUACCGGAGUCCCCUGCGUCUACCAAUGGUAGUCCGCUGAGCGAGGACUUUGACGGGGCCAUCCAAGAACACCGGGAGGUUAAAAACAAAUCAAAGAAAAGAAAGGUUAUGCCCAAAUUGAUGGAUCAGAUAAAAGUUAGCUGUGAAAGUGGCCUUGAAGGACCACAUGAAGAUGGCUAUAACUGGAGAAAAUAUGGUCAGAAAGAUAUCCUCAGUGCCAAACAUCCAAGAAGUUACUAUAGGUGCACCUUCCGCAACACACAGAACUGCUGGGCCACAAAGCAAGUGCAGAGAUCAGAUGAAGAUCCGACAAUAUUCGACAUAACUUAUAGAGGAAAGCAUACCUGUUCUCAGGGAAAGAAUGCAAUUGAACCAUAUAAGUCACAAGAAAAACAAGAGAAACUACACAGUCAUAAUAAUAAUGAUAUUCAACAUGCACACCCAUCACAAGAAAGCUUUACAAACUUCAGCAACAUCUUGACUGUCAAAACGGAUAAUCUGGGAAACGAACAGAGUCCCUUCCCUUCCACUUCAUUUGGAUACACAACACAAGAAAACCAUAGCUGGGUUCCUUCAGGCUUAGAAAACGAUUCCUUCUUGAGCGGCCUUUUCCAAACACACUUAUUAUCUCCAGUAACACCAGAAUCAAACUAUUUCUCAUCUCCAACUUUCCAGAUGAGUGAGUUUGAUGGGUUCUAUAACAAUCCUCGUUCAGAAUCCGACAUUACAGAGAUCAUUUCCACCAACACAUCAGUCACAAAUUCUCCGAUUCCCAAUUUUCAUUUUCCACUCGAUUCAGUGGAAAUCGAUCCAAAUUUCCCUUUCAAUACUCCAGGCUUUUUCUCCUAACUGUACUUGAGAAUAUAUGGAAUACCACGAGUAUAAACAAAAUCUACUGAAGUAUUUUUUCACUAAGGCAGCUUAUGUUUGAAUUGUAAGACAAUCAAAUAACGUCAUAAUGUCCUAGUGUAAAUUAUGUUUCAAUAUAAAAUCAUACUAAAAUAGGGCAGCUUCAGAUAGCAACGGAAUUGUAGAAUAAAGAUUCAGCAAUGGUAGCUAGGAUUUUGUAAGUGUCCUUGUAGUUAAUAUUGGAAAUACAAUUUCAGCA